AAUUAAACUUAUAAUUCUAACUUGCACGAGUUCAAUUUGUAACCUUAGAGCAUAUGGUAGAAGGGCUAUUCACGAAAACACACUAAAAAGGAAAAAAAGGAAACCGUUAGCUUAGUCUUCAACAUCUCAAAUAUGCCUUGCUUUUCUCCUAGUACUUUCCAAUUAAUGUCGAUACAAAAUAUAUAUUUCCCCCAUUUUUGAAACAGACAAUGCAAUUUUCAAUACCUAUUUACCUUAGGAGUAGUGCUGCCACUUGUCCUUAUUUUGCGUCAAACAAUCGACAUGAUGAUGUAAAAUUUGUUAAUGAAAAAGUAUUUUCUUCAUACUCAAAAGUCAGAAAAUGUUAUUUUCGUAAUAUCGAAAGCGAUAAGCUAAUUUAUCAUAAACUCGUGAUUUAAUCGUAGUUCAACAUUUCAUACUCUUAAAAAAACAUCCUAUACCUGUUUAAGACACCGAUAGAAAUAUUUCUCCCUAUCUAACCGUUGAUACUUGAUACGGUACGAUAACUUGCAAUAUUCCAACUUUUUUUCUUGGAGCACCUCGGUGCUUCACCAAAAUAUCUUUCGACAAACUGUUGCACGUAGUUUGGCUAUGCUCUAUUUGGUCGGACACAGUUUUAUUCUCUUGCUUGGAUUCCCUUUCAUUUUGCUAUUAUUACUUUGCUGAUAAACAUACAAAUAGCCUUUCACCUUCUGUUCCCAAUCCCACUCCCAUUCAAUUUCCUUCCCUAAACACUCUUUUAUUAAUCGUUUCUGCCGCAAUUAACCCAUGACAACACUAGUGCUAUUUUCUUAAUCAUCAUAAUCUCUUAUCUUAAUUCCACCACCCCCAUCGGAAAAAAAGAAGAAGCAGCCACCACCACCUCUAAUUAAGCUGGUUGAUUAGUGCGCUUCUUCAUUUGAUUAAUCAAAACCCCAAAAAACCAUCAAUUUCUUUAUAAAUACCGGCGUGUGUCCACCACACUUCUUCACUACUCCUCCUACAACCAAACAAACUUACUAAAUACUCCUUCUUCUUCUUCUUCUUCCUUGGAAAUGGCCACCACCAACAACAACAACCAAAUCCAACCGGUCAAGAUGGAACCAGACCGGUUCGACUACGCGAAGAGGGCUCAGUGGCUCCGAGCCGCGGUGCUCGGAGCCAACGACGGGCUUGUCUCGACGGCCUCGCUCAUGAUGGGCGUGGGCGCGGUGAGGCAGGACGUCAAGGCCAUGAUCCUCACCGGGUUCGCCGGCCUCGUGGCGGGAGCCUGCAGCAUGGCCAUCGGCGAGUUCGUCUCGGUAUACUCUCAGUACGACAUCCAGGUGGCCCAGAUGAGGCGCGACCAGGAGCGCGGCGGCCAAGCUCCUGCUGAGGUGGAAGGAGGAGACAAGGACGAGGAGGAGGAGGGGCUGCCGAACCCGAUGCAGGCGGCGGCGGCGUCGGGACUCGCGUUCUCCGUGGGCGCGAUGGUGCCGCUGCUGGCGGCUUCGUUCAUUAAGGCGUAUAAGGUGAGGAUCGGAGUGAUGUUUGCGGCGGUGAGCUUGGCGUUGGUGGUUUUCGGUUGGAUUGGAGCCGUGUUGGGGAGAGCUCCGGUGGUUAAGUCCGGGAUGAGGGUUUUGGUUGGCGGGUGGGUGGCCAUGGCGCUCACUUUUGCUCUGACCAAAUCGGUCGACUCGAGCCGUAUGGACUGGGUUUGAUCAUGUGUCGGCUUUCGGAUUAUAUGGGUUCAUGGACUCAGGGGAUCUAACUGCGUCAAAGUUGUUUAUCUUUUGUAUCGGCGUGUAAUUGUUUGCUGCUUCUUCUUAAUUUGUUGACUUUCUUUUUUGAGAUGGACGCGAGGUUGUACGACUAGCUACCGGAGUAUUUUGCUCUGUCGGAAGUCCAAGGCGACAGAGUGAUUUUGUGUUAUGUAGAUAAAUAAUAAUAACUCCUUUGGAACUUCUCUAGCUUGUUCAUUGAUUAGUGAAUGGAAGUGAUGAUAGAUAAUUAGCCAUCAUACAAAACCCAACAUGGUUCAACCUCUUAAAAAGAGAGAGUAUACGUAUAUAAAAUGUCAUACUGUAUAUCAUUAGAUGACUCUCAAUUACUAUCAAGUGCUUUUAAGUUUUAUCUAACCGAACUUGGAAAGCUCGAGUGGAGGCCCAUUUAUACAAUAAUUAGGGAUACCAUUCUAGUUGAGUUUAUCCUUCGAACUAGUGUUAUAAGUAUGAUUUUAUCCACUCAAAUAAGUUAGAGAGUGAGUGUAUAAUAUUAAUCAUUGACCUUCUCUCAAUAACUCGAAUUAUUGAGAUCAAUUGAUUUGACCAACUAGUUUGUGACAGGAUAUCAAAAUUGAUUUAGUACGUGAUUUUCUCUGCUCAAAUACGGCAUGCACAUGCAGUAAUAAUCUUGAGUUAAUUGAAUUAUAUUAAUUUCUACACAUGAAUUAAGAGACACAAUUUAUACCUAACAAAAGCAAGAGACCAAUUUUCAUCUAUUCCAUCCCACCAACAUCCAAAUCAAUACGCACAAACAUUUCUUUGGAUCCUGAGGAUACCAAGAACAAGAAAAUCGGUCUAAGCGAGGUGGGAAAUGGUUGCCAUCGUUUCAAUAAUCAGUGGUCAAUGGCGGGGAGGGUCAGAAAUUAAUGGGGAUUUGGAUGUUUGGAUGAUUGAAAUUAGAGGUGACAAUGGAUUGUAUUUAUGGAUAUGAUUGGUGAAUUCAUAGAUCAAAUAGAUUGGCGAUUCAAAUGUAAUCUAGACAUUAGAUUAAUAUGUAAAAUUUGAAAAUUUGAAAUACUAAAAUAUCACAAUAAUUUAGGUAUCAAAAUAAAAAAAUAUUACAAAACGUAAGUACUAAACUAUAAUAUUUAUUAAUCUACAAAUUCAAUUGAAUUUGGAUUAAAUAAACUGGAUUUAAAUAAUUUGAAUUAAUUUAAUUAGAUAUUUUAGUGGAUUGGAUACAAAAUUGCUACAUUAAAUAAAUUUCGGGAUAAUGAUGUAAUGACAAGUGGUGCAUUUACGUUUUGACAACUUAAUCUAGUUCAUGUUUGUGUCCCUUUUUCCAGUGCAAUUUUUUCUUCUAAAAUUUAACAUACGAGAAAAAGAAUAAAGUAUACACUUUUUG